AUGCGGCAUGUGUUGGGUGUUUGGGUGCUCCUCUGCGCAUGCGCUGCGAUCAAGACGCAUCCGGAGCAAGGUGCUACAGCUUACGCCACAACCGCCGCAGAGGGAGAAGCCCGGGAAGAAAGCUUCAAUGCAACGGUCAUGAAAGCCGUCCGACUCGGCAAAAUUGGCAGCGCGAACCACGAGCAAACGACUUCUGCAAAGGCGUGGCUGAUUUCCAAUGCUGUGCUCACUGCAGCUUUCCGCGCCGUGGGAGUUUCUUUGACCGUCGUGGCUGCCGGGUUUGCUGGCGCCCGCUUUGGCAUCAUCCCCCCAGCAGCACAAAAGUCCCUGGCAGACAUCUCGAUGAAGAUCUUGAUCCCAGCCCUGUUGUUCACGCGGAUCAUCUACUGCGAGCAGUGCAAUGACCAGCACUCGCAGGAGUGCCCGGUUUGCAGCCCCUUCGCCGAAAUUCUUCGCAGCAGUUGGAUCCUCAUCCCACUGCCCUUUAUAGUGGUGGGCCUUGGGCUCAUUUUGGGGAAGCUGACGGCUCUUCUGACCGGUGCACCUCCGAGUUUCGCCACAGGCACGAUCUGUGCCGUGGCCUUCGGCAACUCCACCGGCCUCCCCAUCGUCCUGCUCACCGUGAUCUCACAGUCUGCGGCCUUCCUCGCCCCGUCUACGAAGAAGCUGGACCCAUUGCAGCACUUGCCCGUCUACUUGAUGCUGAACCCACUCCUUCAAUGGAGCAUUGGUUCAUGGCUCCUCAGCGAGAAGGCGGAGAGCGACAAGGACCCCGAGGAGGUGUCAUUGGGCUCAGAGCGCAAGCACUACACGGCCGUCCUCCUCGCGAAGCUCCGCCUCGUCAUGGAGAAAGCCCUGGUGCCACCCGUACUGGCCGCUCUCCUGGGGCUACUGAUAGGUUUCACACCCGUUCGUGGAUGGCUGGUGGACCUCAGGGACCACAAAAGUGACGCCCCAAUCCAGUGGAUUUAUGCCGGCAUCUACAAACUUGGGGAUGCAGCAGUGCCUGUGAACCUACUCCUCCUAGGGAGUUCGUUGGCGAAAGGCGCCGACUUCAAGGCGCUCCCCCCGCGCGUCGGCCUGGCCAUCGCGUUGAGCAAGCUGAUCCUCAUGCCUGCCUUGGUCGUGUGCAUCGUGUACGGCCUCAUCCGCAUCGUUCCCACGAAGGACUUCUCGCUCUGGCUGGUCGCUCUUGUGGUCUCUUGCACGCCCACCGCAAAUAACGUGUCUGUGAUGGCACAGAGUGGAGGCCAAUCCAAGGAAGGAAUGGCCACAGCCAUCUUCAUCCAAUACUUGUUUGUGCCCAUCUGUGUGACCUUCUGGCUGGCAUGCUUCAUACAGCUGUUGUCGUCUGAGUGGUUCUUACCCGCAUGA